CGCCGGACCGGACGGACGAACAUUCGACCGAACGCGUUCGCCCCGACCGCCGCCGCCGCCCGUGCUGCCAGUGCCCGAACAGUCCGCCGUACGUUUCAGCCGUCGCCGCUACUACCGCCCAUCAGCCGUCCCUGUACCGCGGGGUCCAACCGCCGUAUCCCGGACGCCGCAGCAGCCCACAGGAUCAGAUUUUUAAAUAGUCAACAGAAACAAAUUUACAAUGAACAAGAUAUCAAUUGUGAUUUUGAUGGCCGUAGCCGUUUGCUCGUGUUAUGGUGUUCCCGGUCAAAGAAACAUCAGAUCAGCGUCUGAGUUGUCCGCCGAAACAGGCUCAAUCACUGAUCGUGUCACAUCACCCGAAGAUCUAGUUGCCGCUGAGUCUACCGACGUGUUCACCGCAGCCAGGGCCAAGAAGGGUGGUGGUGGCGGCCAUAAGAACAAGUACGAGGCCAUGCACAUGGGACUGAACUACGUAAAAAUGGUGAUCAGCACGCUGAUGGCGGCCAUCGGGCACGUGUUGGCGUUCAAAGGCGUUGGGCUGGCGCUGAUCAGCGUGCUUAUACAGGUCGCCCAGUUGAUCAUGACCCUGAAGAAGAGCAAGGACAGCCAUCCGCCGUCGUACAAGAUCAUCGAGACCCCGUGGCACACGACGCCCACCGAGUCGUUCGGCUCGUACGGCGGUCACGGUUCGUACGGUGGUCAAAGCGCGUACGGCGGUCAAGGCGCGCAGUCGUCUUACUCGGCCAGAAGACGCCGAUGAUGAUGAUGAUGAUGAUGACGACGGAGUCCACGAACGGAUGAAUACAGAGGCCAUUACAGUUUUUUCGUUUUUUAUUUUAUUUAUUUAUUAUUAUUAUUAUUAUUAUUCGAAUCGCGUGUAUAAUAUGUAGAUUGUCGUUGUCUUCUAUAAGGCAAUAUUUAUUUAUUUAUUUAUUUUUAUUUAUAUUUUUAUAACGAUUUGUAUUGAAUCCCCCACAAAAAUACAUAGAAUACGUUUUCAAAAUCAAAUUUUCUGCACCGCAAUGAAAUUCGUUAUCCCCGUCCGAGCUGUACAAAAAAUUACAGCUGGUACACAUUUUGCAUAUACUAUAAGUAUACAUAACGCAGAAGGUACUCAAACCGCAACAACGUUGUCAUAUGAUUAUUAAUACAGACGUAAUUAAUGCAUCUAACACACGCGCACACAUAGAUCUUUUGAAUAUCUAUACAUUUUAUGCAAAUAUCAAAACACGUGAUGCAUUGCGCGUUACAAUUAUUAUAUUGUUCUAAGAACACGAGGUACCUAAUAAUACACAUUACAUUAUA